AGAAGUUUUUUGGCACUCACUGCUCGAAGUACACACUGCUUGAAGUACACUCGUAAGACAAGGCCUCAACACCUCGACUCUCACUCGUGUUAUCAUAUCAGACCCGAAAAUGGCGAAUUGCGGCUCCAUUCCCAUGGGGCUUGGACACGACAUCUGCCAUAUUCCAAGAAUUUACAGAAUCCUCACCUCGAAGCGCGGACCCAGGUUCAUCGAGCGCGUACUGACAGAGACCGAGCGACGAAAGCCCAGGCCCACGUCAAUAUUUGAAGUUGUCUUCGCGCACCAGGGAAAGAUUGCAUCUCAGAGUGAGGGAACUACGUCGUCGGCGACGUCCAGAGAUCCCAGAUUCUGGAAAGCUGCCGAGUACCUGGCGGGCCGAUUCGCAGCCAAGGAAGCUGCAAUAAAAGCCUUUCCCCACCACAGACUCAAUUUUGAGAACAUACAGAUUGUCAGCAAUCCUGGUAUAUUGCGAAGUGCAAAAAUGAAUGUUGCAGAGGGCCCGAAGCAUGAGGCUAAUCCAGAAUUUGGGUCGUCGCCGCAGCUACUUAACAACAGCGGCCCUCCCACCGCGGUAAUACGUAUCGAAGGGACUUCACAGAUUUUGAGUGCAGCGCUGAGUAUCAGCCAUGAUGGAGACUAUGCGAGCGCGGUUUGCAUGUAUCUUCCUGUAUCGGCAGCGACUACGACGAAGUGUUGAAGCUAAUAUGGAGGUGUGCUGUAUAUUCUGUUGUAUGUACAUGACUGCAGCUAGACAUUGUAAACACAUGUCAUCAGAUAAGCUUGCCAUGAGAAUGACACACUUUGUUUGGUCUUUGCA